UUUUCUGAUUAGCUGUCCACCUUUUUUUAUUUGUGUAUUUUUUUAAAAGGUGAUCAAUUUGGACUUAACUAUCUUAUUAUUAAAAAAUGAUCUCUGUUACUGUCUAUAUGUCCAUUUUUAAUACAGUUUUACUGAAUUAUUAGACUAAUUACACCAAUUAUUAUUACUAUUAUUAUUUUCCACUUUUGUUUAUUUUUAAUAUGCACGAAUAAAAUAAAUGUCUUCUAAUCCAGUCGUAAUGAUAAUGAUAAUCAAUAACACAACCUUACACAACGCCUUUACGUUACUUUUAUUUCGACCCUCCCACCGGAGAUGACGUACAAUACACUUCCGCUGUGUCAUCUCAGCGGAUUGGACGAGCAGCGACCGUCCGUCAUUGAACGUGGCGGGAGCCAAAAUGAAUCCGUGAAGUGAACAAGUGCGCUCGUGCUGUUCGCAGAGAAAUGAAAUAAGUCGCUUCAUGCAGAGUUUGAAAAUGAGCCGGUUGCGUUCAGCGAUGCUUAAAGGAAAGAGAGCCGGACUGGAGGUGAUAGAAUCGGCAAAACCAAAGCAGAAGAGGUCAAAGAAAGCUGCGAAAGAAGAAGAAACCACGAAUGCCUCCUCACCAUCGCCCACAUACCACACCUUCCAUGCUCCUGCAGAUAUGCUGCUGCUGCGCUCUCAGCUCCUCAGCUGGUACGACAAGGAGAAGAGGGAGCUGCCAUGGAGGACUCUGGCUGUGACAGAGUCAGACCUCAACAUCAGGACAUAUGCAGUCUGGGUUUCAGAAAUCAUGCUGCAGCAGACCCAAGUUGCCACAGUAAUAGACUAUUACAACAAAUGGAUGAAGCGGUGGCCCACACUGCAGGAUCUUGCUGCUGCGACGCUAGAGGAAGUGAACCAGAUGUGGGCGGGUCUUGGCUACUACUCCAGAGGGAAAAGACUGCAUGAAGGGGCUCAAAAGGUGGCGUCGGAGCUUCAGGGACAGAUGCCUCGCACAGUGGACAGCCUGCUGAAACAGCUGCCUGGAGUGGGACGCUACACAGCUGCAGCUGUGGGCUCCAUUGCUCUCGGUCAGGUUACUGGAGCGGUGGAUGGCAAUGUGAUUCGGGUGCUGUGUCGCCUGAGGGCCAUCGGAGCCGACAGCACAAGUCCUGCAGUAACGGAGGCUCUUUGGAGUCAAGCCAAUACACUGGUGGACCCUGAGAGACCCGGGGACUUCAACCAAGCCAUGAUGGAGCUGGGAGCACGGGUCUGUACCCCCAAAGCACCACUGUGCAGCCAGUGUCCCGUACGCUCUCACUGCCACUCUUUUCGCAAGGUUCAUGUUAAACAAGAGAAAAACUCCAGGAAGCUCUUGGGGAAGCUGGACAGGAAGCCGUCCACCCUGCCCGACAUAGAAGACUGUAUGACCAGCGACACAUGUCGGCUGUGUCCCUCGGAGCCCUGGGACGACGACUUGGGUGUUCAGAACUUCCCCAGAAAGCCGGCAAAGAAGCCGCCUCGCGUGGAGCGAACUCUGACCUGUGUGGUGGUCAGACCUGGAGAGGACGGAGAGGACGAGUACCUGCUCACACAGAGGCCAAACAAAGGUUUGCUGGCAGGCUUGUGGGAGUUUCCGAGUCUUCUGCAGGGGGAGAAGAGCUCCGGGAUGAAGGAGAAGAGGGCUCUGUGUGCUCAGAUCAGCGGGUUACUGGGAACCCAUCUGACAGAAAGCCUCUUCCAGUAUGUGGGGGAGGUGGUUCAUAUCUUCUCCCACAUCCACCAGACGUACGUGGUUCACAGUGUGUGUUUGAAGGACGCUGACACACAAACACCGACUGAAAACGCACAGUGGCUCACCAGGUCCGCUCUUCAGGAGGCCGCUGUGUCCACAGGAGUGAAAAAGAUCGUGAAGCUUUGUGACUCUGUGGACAGUCAAAAGGAGCAAACCUCCAAGGGUGGGAAUAGGCAGAAGCACACCGGCACAAAGAAUAACAAGAAUCAACAGACCUCAAAAAAACCCAACUGCAGCGGCAGCAGACAGCUCUCCCUCAGUGCCUUCUUCAACUCCGUUAAACAGGAAUCUUGAUGAUAACGUAAGUGUCCAAAGGUUCUCCAGCGUGCUCACUGAAGUUCACCGUUGAAACACCGGUUGCAAGGUGCGCAUCACUGAGUAGAUUGUUCGUGUUGAAUGCUACAGACUUCAGUGUUUUUCUUCUUUCGAUCAUUAACUUUCUUAAUAUUUCAAGAUGGAGUCUGCGUGGCAAAGCGUCCUCUCUGUGCACCAGAGGAUAGUGGACAAUGGAGGUAUGAUGUUUCCUAAAUAAACAGUUCAUUUCGCUUUAGUUCGCAGUGAACUUGAAUCAAAUAUUGAAUUUAUAGAAGAGAUUCCCAAUCGAAAGAACAAGCCUGUUUGUGUGUGUGGGAGCUGCAGAUGUGAUGCCCAGCUUGUCUUCACAAUGACUGCUUUGUGGCUUGUCACGUGAUAAGCCAUCAUGCCACUUUUGUAAUGAUAGGGGAGGACUCUUUCAUUGUACUGCAAAACCUGCUUUCUUCCUCUGUAAUCGUAAAACGUUUUUCCAUUCACAAAACUGCACACAUAGGUCACCUGAGCUAAAACGGAACAAAACAAAGUACAAAAAUACUUGUAAUUGCUGUGCAGACUAAGCGAAACAAGUGUUGUAAAUCAGUGCUGAAAGUUUUGGGACAUCAAGGCAGCUCUUAUAAUUAAAAAUUCUAGCCAGAGGUGUGUCCUGUAAUACGUUUCAUUCAUUUGUGAAUGGUCCCUGACUCAAAGCUCUGUAAUGUUCCAGACAAGAGGACGGACCCAUGGCUGCUGGUCUACUCCCCCG